AUGGCCAUGAAAUCAGCUCAACUCUCCAGAAAGUCUCAUGUUCCAUUGUAUUUCAAUGACGUCUCACCAGUUCUGUCGGAGUCGGAACUACGGCACAGCUCUCUUCUCUGCAAUCUUGACCACAUGUGCCUCCUUAUCGACCAUGACCGGUUCAGGUUCCACGUUCAUGAAAAAUCUGAAGCGAACUGUGGAAUGAGGGGAGACCUCUUUGGUUGGGUGCUAACCCAGAUUGCUAAGCUUGUCACUGUAGAGGAGGUAUCUUGCUAA